AUGACAAAAAGUGAUAAUAAUGGAAUUCAUAAUCAUCCACAUUUACAUCCAAAUAUAAUUCAUGAUCCAUCAUCUGAAACUUCAGGUAUAAUAGCAUCAGAAUUAGCAGCAGAAGAUGGAAAUUUAAUACCAAAUGAUUCUUUUAAAUCUCAUACUUAUGGAUCAAUUGAAUCACAAGAUAAUGACCAUCAUCAAGAAACAAAUUAUGAAAUUGAUGAACCAAAUGGUGGUUAUGCAUUACCUCCAGCUCAAUUAUACACAGUUGUUUCAUCAUUAUUUAUGGCUUCAUUUUUAUCAGCAUUAGAUGCAACAGUUGUUACUACAUUAUUAACUUUAAUAGCAAGUGAUUUACAUGCUAUAAAAAAUAUUUCAUGGAUUGCAACUGCUUAUUUAUUAUCAAGUUCUGCUUUUCAACCAAUAUUUGGAAAAUUAUCGGAUAUUUUUGGUAGAAAAUUUAUUUUAAUUGGUUGUACUUUUUUAUUUGGUAUUGGAUGUCUUAUUUGUGUUACUGAUUCUUUAUUAUGGUUAGUUAUUGGAAGAUUUAUCACUGGUUGGGGUGGAUCAGGCUUAACUUCAGUGGGGACAAUGACAAUGUCAGAUUUAAUACCUUUAAGAGAUAGAGGAUUAUAUCAAGGAUUAGCUAAUAUUUGUUUUGGUUUGGGAUCUGCAUCAGGAGGAUUUAUUGGUGGUAUUAUUGCUGAUACAUUAGGUUGGAAAUAUGUAUUUAUAUUACAAAUUCCAUUAGCUAUUGUGGUUGGAUUAUGUAUUCAAUUAUAUUUAAAUUUACCUGAAGGUUCACCAGGUUUAGGAGCUCAUGGACAAGAUAUUUGGCAAAAAUUGAAAAGAGUAGAUUUCUUAGGAAGUUUCUGUUUAAUUAGUUCAUUAAUGUUAAUUUUAACUGCUGCUUCUUUGGGAGGUAGAGAUAUUGAAUAUUCUUCAAAUACUUUUAUUCUAUUAAGUAUUUCAAGUUUGAUAUUAUUAUCUGGAUUUUUCUACGUUGAAGCUUAUAUUAGUGAAGAACCAAUUAUUCCAAUUGAAUUAUUAGGUAAUAGAACUGUUUUAGCUUCAUCUUUAACAAAUUGGUUUUAUACAAUGGGAAUUUUUGCAACUAUGUUUUUUGUCCCCAUUUAUUAUACAUCUGUAUUAGAUAUGACAGCAAGUGAAAAUGGUUUAAGAUUAGUUCCUAAUUUAUUUAGUAUAUCAUUAGGAUCAGUUGGUGCAGGAUUAUAUAUGAAAAAAACUGGGAAAUAUUAUAAAUUAACUGUAUUAGCUGGUAUUAUUGCAAUCUUGGGAGUUUAUAAAAUAACUUUAAUAACACCAACAAUUCCAACAUGGCAACAAUUUUUAUUAUUAAUUCCAUCUGGAUUAGGUUAUUCAUGUAUUUUAACAAUUACUUUAUUAGCAUUAAUAUCUGCAACUCCAUUUAAAUAUCAAGCAUGUACAACAUCAAUUCAAUAUACUUUUAGAUCAACUGGUUCUACUUUGGGAGUAUCUGCAGCAUCUGCAAUAUUUCAAAAUGUAUUAGCAACAGAAUUAACUAAAAGAAUUUAUUUAAUAAUUAAAGAUCCAAAAGAUGCUCAAAAAAUCAUAAAUCAAGCAUUAGAUAGUACAAAUUAUAUUCAUCAGGCUCCAAAAUCUGUUCAACAAGCUAUUAGACUGUCAUAUGAAAGUGGAUGUAAAGGAGCUUUUUAUUUUGCUUUAGGUACUGUAACUUUAGGAGUUUUGUCUUCAUUAUUUAUGAGAGAACAUAAAUUACAUUCCACUCUUAAUAGAAAGUAA